UCAAUUCCGUUUGGAAUAUUUCUGUUCAUUCAUCCGUUACCAAGUUUCUUAAUGAACAAUGAUACAUAAAAUUAUCACUAACUUCUUCGACUUGUGAGUUUUAUUGUCCUUGUUAGACAUCCCGCUGUUUUUACAGUUAGGAUAAACUAUAUAUAUAUAUAUAUAUAUAUAUAUAUGUAUAUACGUAUAUAAUGCAUGUCCAAUCGUGCAACUCAGUGUGUUUAAAACGAAAUAAUGUCGGGUUAAGUUCCUUUUAUCAUGUUAAAAGAUAUGCGCAAUUCAAUUAUUAUUUAAAUCGUUUAUAUUAAGGUAAAUGACACAGAUAUUGGACAUUUAACUUCCCACUACGAAUUUCGUUAUUGAAACACCUACAGAUUUGCGUUAUAAGGAAAUCAUUUAGUAAAAUGACAUCUCAAAAUAAGGAGUGGUGUACUCUUUGUAAAGAAAAAGAUGCAACACGUAAUGCAGUCACGUGGUGUACAGAAUGCGAAGACUUCCUUUGUGUUGAUUGCGAGACCCAUCAUGAGAAGUCAAGAACAUUGAAAGACCACAAAACUAUAUCGGUCGGAAAUUACAAUAAGUUACCGGCCUUUAUGAAAGGGAUGAGCAAUCGAUGUAAAGACCACGAGAAGUUUGAACUCUAUUGUUCGAUCCAUGAAUGUGUAUGUUGUGUUCACUGUAUCACUGAUAAACAUCAGGCUUGUCAAACCAUAUUGCCAUUGUCCGACACUCUAAAUCAAGUUAAAUCAUCUGCCUCGGUUCCGCUUCUUGAAAAAGAUCUCAAGGAUCUUACAAUUAACUGCGAGGAGAAAAUAAAAUACUUGAGGAGUAGAAUUAGUACAAAUGCACAGCAGAAAUAAAAAAUAAUCGAGGACAUAACGUCAAUGCGCAAGUAUGUCAAUGAACAUCUUACCAGAUUAGAACAGAAAGUUCUUGAUGAUCUAGAAACUGAACAUUCCACGCUAAAAUCACAAAUGGAUACUAUCUUACACGACGUUGAAAAACGAGCAAAACAGAUUAGAAGAUUACAAGACGAUUUUUUAAACAUGACGAAAUACGCAACUGAACUUCAAAUUUAUGUAGGUCUGAGAGAAAUUGAGAAAAUUACAUCGCAAGAAGGGAAUUACCUAGAAAAUCUAAUGCGCGAAGGUAGUUUCAAUGAGAACAACUUGCAUGUCGCAUUUUCACCUGCCCUGGAGUCAUUUCUCAAUGACGUCAAAUCGCUUGGAGAAAUAUCAAUCGAAAUUCGUCCUUGUAAUAUCAAAGCCGAAGCGGGAAGAAAAUAUCAAGCACAGCAGGUAAUUCCUAUUCAAAAGAUUGAUAACAUAAAACCAUCGUUCUUGAACACUCUGAAGAUACCAAAAGGGCGAAAAUUACGUGUAGUUGGCUGUUGUAUACUACCUGAUGGUAACUUUAUACUUCUAGAUAGAGAGUCAAACUGUCUGGUGAUGUUUAAGAAUGAUGGCAUAUUUAUGAAAAACGUGAUAACAUUUGAAGAUUCAGUAGAAAAUAUGUGCUUUGUUAAAGAGAAUAUAGUGGCUGUUAUUUUAUACAAGGCAUGUCAGGUAACGCUUGUUGAUAUAAACAAGAGCAAGGUCGUCAGAAGGAUUGAUGUUCCAAAGGCCUGUUACAGAGUUGCAAGUGAUGGCCACGUUCUUGUAGUAGCUAUGGAUACAAACGAAGGUGUCAUUGUCAUGACGCUUCACGAUGAAUCAAAACAACUUUUAGAAGGAAUUUACGUGCAUGAUAUUUCAUGGUCGAAUUCAUUUAUUUAUGGCACCAAAUUUAUGCAGAACAAGGUUUACUGUUACAACAGCAGUGGAACAUUGCUUUGGACACUUACACACGAAGAUAUUAGUGAGCCUGCAGGAAUUGCAUUGGAUAAAAACGGUUUUAUAUAUGUAGCAUGCAGGAAAAGUCAGAAAAUAGUCAAAGUUUCACCCGAUGGGAAAUCAUGCAAGACAAUUUUAAAUCACGACAAUAGAAUUGAAACUCCUAAUGCCAUAGCCAUUAACAAGGAAACAGGUGUGAUGUUAAUUUCAAAUGGAGACAAAGUUACAAUUAGUGUGUCUAUUUUUAAAAUUUGAAAUAUACAUUUUAAUGGAUCUUUUUUUCCCUUUUGGGGAUUUGUUUUUCAAAUUCACACAAAAAUCUACCAGAAUGAUACUGGCACUUCCUUUCUCUGCAGAAAUUUAGAAACAAAAUCGUACCUUUUACCUAAAUGGACAGCGUCUUAAAAGACCUUCAUCAUAUAUAACAAAUGGAUGGUACUGAACCCUACUGCAAAAUAGUGCCAAAUUAAAAUUUAAAAAACGUAUGAUAUAUUUAAUGUUUGCUUCAGGGGAGUAUUAUUUAACACAUUAUCCUUUGUUUAUAUAGAGGAAACAUUUUUUUUUAUUAAAUUUAAUUUUACAAUGAAGAGUAAUCUGGUAUUUUAAUACUUUUGAUUGAAUGGCAAUGUUGGAGCAUUUAUUGUUAAGGUAUAGAACCACUAAUUCAGGCCCGGUCGGAAAGAACAUACAAGAAAGUAGUACAUAUUUUAAACAAAAUAGUUCCUACGCAUAGCUGUAUUUUUGUCAAUAGUGGGAAACUUGGGGACUUGGGAUCACUGUAAAACCCUUGUUGAAAGUUUUAUUUGAAUAAUAAAGAAGUAUAUGAAAUUUUAAUAGGAGGGCUCAUUUGGCCUGUUGUUCAGAUCAGAAGUUCCUGUUUUUGUACUAUCAAACUUCCGGGAACCAGUACACUCUAAUAUGCAAUUAAAGGUAUGUUGAUUUUUUCAGCACAAGUCAGCAUAAGGUACAGUUUUGAUAUGAAAUAACUGCCACUUUAUUUGAACUUAAGACAAAGUAGCCAUUUAUGCUUAAAAUUGCAGAAUUUAACAUAGAAAGCAAUGGGGCUAUGAAUUAGUGGUUUUAUACCUAUUACUGACAGGCAUGUGAAAUUCUAUUUUUAGAAAUCAUACCCUUUACAGUGAAAAUUGGUCACAUUUGUUGUCAGAAAUCAUGUUACAUUAUUUUUUUUAUGUAACAAUUAUGUUAGUGUCAAAUUACAGCCCUCAAAUUGCUACAAUAAGGUAUUUUAGCCUUUUUUGGUCAUUUAGCAUGCACACAGUUAAGAUUUUACCUGAAAUUUAAUUUUUUGGAUUAUCUAACACUGAAACCAAUGAAACUUGUAUAUUAUGACUAGUUUAUAGUAUAAAUAUUGUUUUUAGUCAAAUUAUCUAGUGAGUGUUCAUGUUUUAUUGUGUUUCUUGGUGAAUUAUUUAUUUCAAGGAAAAUUGGUGUAUACUUAUAUAGGAAUUCCAAAAUCUCACUUGAAAUGCAUUUUAUAACCAUUUUAGCAAGUUGUCUAGCUUGGAGAUACAUACAUUGCUCUUGUUGAUCCAUGUUUAUACAUAAAAGUAUGGUUUGUUUACCAAAUCACUCUCCUUUUCCAACUGGUAGAAAAAAGGGGGGACAAAAUUAUCAAUUAUAUUUUAUGUUUGGACCACUGUAUUUAUAUUCAAGGAAGAAUCUCUGAUAAAAAUAAGACAUAUAGGUAAGAACACUGUUAUUUGUGUAGAUAUUAACAAAUCAGAACUGGUAGAAAAUAAAAAAGUGUCAUAUCUGUCACUAUUAGUAUCCAUAUUUUGUUUUCUUUGUUUAACACAUAUGUUACUGCCAGUCCAAUUUGAGCUUGAAUUCAGUGAUAUAGUGUUUUGACAAAAGCUUUAUGUGUUUUUCUAUGCUAGAAAUAGAUCAUAGAAGGAAAUUAAGUCAAGCAGAAGUCAAUAUAACACGUUUGGUGCUGUUAUAGGUAUAGAACCACUAAUUCAGGCCCGGUCGGAAAGAACAUACAAGAAAGUAGUACAUAUUUUAAACAAAAUAGUUCCUACGCAUAGCUGUAUUUUUGUCAAUAGUGGGAAUAUUUGGGUAGUUUUAGUAUCAAAUGAAAGCUUGGGGACUUGGGAUCACUGUAAAACCCUUGUUGAAAGUUUUAUUUGAAUAAUAAAGAAGUAUAUGAAAUUUUAAUAGGAGGGCUCAUUUGGCCUGUUGUUCAGAUCAGAAGUUCCCGUUUUUGUACUAUCAAACUUCCGGGAACCAGUACACCCUAAUAUGCAAUUAAAGGUAUGUUGAUUUUUUCAGCACAAGUCAGCAUAAGGUACAGUUUUGAUAUGAAAUAACUGCCACUUUAUUUGAACUUAAGACAAAGUAGCCAUUUAUGCUUGAAAUUACAGAAUUUAACAUAGAAAGCAAUGGGGCUAUGAAUUAGUGGUUUUAUACCUUAAGACAGCAAACCAGCGUCUUUAUAAAAAUAAACCAAAAGGUCAAUAUACAGACUUUGACAAGAUAAAACGUCGAUAAUUGAAAAAAUGAUAAAACUAACAGAAUCUAUAAAAGAUGAGCAAUCAAUACUAUAUUCUUUAAUAGACAAAAUAUUUUAAAGAUGCAAAAAUAACGGCGAUAUUCCCGACUUGAAACCGACACUGGACCAGAAAUUUUAAUACAUGUACUUUUGUAGUCCUUGCUGUAGAUCCUCCUUGGAAUUUAGGAUUCUAUAUAAAAACCGAUUUCAGUGUGCAUGACAAUAGACUAUUUUUAUAUUACCGUCUUUUUUAUUCCGAAGUUUAUUUUGUUUCGACAGGUUACCUACUCUGUGGUUAGACAUCCUGGUACCAAGUAAAGUAAAAGCAACGUAAAGAAGUAAAAUAAAGCUUUCAAUCGGUACAAUUUUUGGGGAAAAUUAACUACAGCAUAUUUUCUUUACACGACAAAAUCAUCGGAAAACAGUAAACUUUCCCCUAAAAUUACACCGAUUAUAUAUUUGAUUUUACUUAUUUUGGUUACUCUUACUUGACCGAGUACCAGGAUGUCCUACCACAGAAAAGGUAACAUGUCGAAAAAUUAUAUAAUAUGGACACAAAAGUCAGUAAUAUGAAAAUAGUCUAUUUCUUGAAUGAACUUUAUUAAGUACAUUAGUCUAAAUAAAUGAAACAUUUAAGAACGCCAAUUACAUAAGGGCCAACAUCGUCUUGGAUAAAGUUUUCCUGUGCGAGAGCUGCAACCCUUGUUUAAAUAUAAUUAUAUUAUUGGGAAUCUGAAAAUGAUUUUUAUGUUGAACCAUGCAUGAUUACAAAUAAACAAGAACUGGAAUA